AUUUGAUAUAUCAAGUGAAUUCUCUCUUUAGAUUAUUAAAGCCACUAGCACACUAAUAGAAGUUUAUCCUAACUAGCAUUAGAAAUUACCCAUUUGCACUUUUUUUUUAUCACCCGAUUUUAUUAAUAUCAGAUAAGAUAUAUCUAAAUCGACUGUCCAACAACGACCAUAAUUACGACCAAUAAUUUUUUCAUAAUUAAACCUAUUCAAUUCUUAGUUUUGUCUUGAAGGCACAUAAACUCAUAUAAAUAUAUCCUUAUUCAAUUCAUAAUGUUUACAUACUCAGACUUCCAAGGAGACGCUCAUUUUCAUAUAACACUGCUUGGCUUGGACGCUACUAUUCCACAACAGCUUGCCAGUUCACCAAACCAACCAGCAGACAAUGUUGUUUUCAAACAAAGUUAUACUCAAGAUGUGUUUUUGAAUGACAACAGUAUUAUCACUGGCCCACACUCACUUAUUAAUUCUGCCAAUAAUUCCACCACCUCCACUACAACCACUACUCCUUCUGUAUCAUAUCCAUUCAAUGACAUGAUUGACUUACAAGUUAAGUUUGAUAACAUUCUUGGCAAUGAUUUUAUUACCAAUCCUAAACCAUUUUUGGAAGAUACUACCUUAAACUCAUAUCACACUACCACUAAUUCUCAAAACAUUACUGAUUCUACCAAUACUAUUAAUACUAUUAAUAACACUAAUAACAAAGCCACAGUUACUCCUGGUGAUUAUAACUCUGCUGGUCAAUCUAUCUCAACUACUCCGGUUUCUCCGGUUCCUUUUGUUGUCUUUGAUCAAAAACAACAAGACGAUUACUUAAGUUACAACGAACAGUACUUGUUUGAACAACCUUCUCAAAUAACCGUUAGUCAACCACAACAACCAGUUUCUCAAGCUCCAAUUCAACAUACUCACAGUCUCAUUGACUUCCAUGAUGGAUACUAUAACGAGUUACCUAACCUUCAUAGUCAUAACCAUAUCCACAACCAUGAAUCGGCAUACAUUAAUCAUUACAGCACUGAUCCAACCACUCCAGUAUCCAACGAGUUUGACUUAUCCCCAAAGCAAACUACACAUACUCUUCAACGUCCAUUACCUCAUACCAGUAUGUCAUACCCCGAUUUGUCAACCAUGAGAAACAGAACUUCUGUUGUAUUGGCUUCUCAAAGUGUCGAGCACAGUCCAAGGUUACAAAGACAAGAGUCUGCUUUUGAUGUCAGAGCUGCUGUUGGUUCCACUAGUAUUUUCAACCUUGGUGGAGGUGCUGAUUCUAAAUUAGUCUUGAAUACAUCGCCACGUACAGUUGGUCAUAGCCACAACCACAACCACAGUCACAACCAUCGUCUUCACCAUCACCUUCAUAGACAAUCACCACCUAAACCAAUCAAGCCAGAAUUAUUGUCCAAGUUUUCUGAAGAACAAAUAAGGCUGAUUAAGCUUGCUGAAACUGACGCUAAAUGUCGCAACCAUUGUAAUGCAAGUUUUGCCAAUUACAUGCAAUUAAUAGACCAUUUUGAAGAAUUCAAACUUUCUUCUUUUGAAUUUAGAGGCUUUAAAUGCCCUGUACAUGAAUGUCCUAUGAGUAUAAUUGGUUACGACAAAAAGGCUGAUUUAAGACAUCACGUUGUUAUUGACCAUUUCAAAAAGGGGAAGGUUAUCGAUGAAUGUUGUCAAUAUUCAAGUGAAUUAAAGAGUAUAAUAUACGUCUGUAAUGACGACAAUUGUGGAAAAGGUUUUUACCGUCGCGAUUCCUUGACUAGACACAUAAAAUUGGUUCAUAAUGGUGAACCUAAUGUGUUUAAUCAAAAGAAGAAAUUGGAGAAUGCUGAAAAGAAGAGAAAGAGAAAAAGCAUUGCUAAGUAAACAAAAAUGAACCGGUGUCAUUUUUUUAUUUUUUAAAUUCUAUUCUUUUUUUGCUAGUGUUGUGUGGGUUUGAUUUCAGUUUUUGCUUACAGUUUGGUUAGAUUCUCAGAUAUUAUAAAGAUUUCUUAUUGUUACACUACUUUUGUUUUUUUUUGUAUUUGUUUUAACAUUCUAUAACUAAAUUCACUUCUAUUAUUAUACAAUUAUACAUUUACGCUAGUUUUUGAGUUAUUCAUUUCAUAAUAAACAUUUCUUUUUUAGCAACUUUAAAUUCGUGUGAAGAUUUUGGAACCAUUGCCGAAAAGAGAAACCUUGCAUGUUGCAAAAACUUUUUAAAGUUUUCGUAAAAGUGAAACAUUGUAACUUAAUACAGAUUGUUGUCAACGAGCAAAAUAAAUUAGUUAUUAGAAUUAUAUACUGUUCUAUGGAAUCCAUCGACCCUUCCCUCCCACAUCAAUAUCGUUUCUUCUACCUUCAUCCAAAUCAACGUCAUGCAAAUUAACCCACUUGGUUCUAUUCCACAACUUAUACCCAAAAUAAAUAACAAAAAAGACUGGUAACAAGAUAUAAGCAUCAACCCAAUUACCCGCAUCAAAUGGUUUGAAAUAAGACCAACCUUGAAUCAAGGCAAGGAAAAUAUUAAGCACAAUCCCUAGGAUUGGUAAAUAAGGAUACCAUAAUCCCUUGUAAGGCAAUUCAUCCACUGACCUACCUUGCAAUUUCCAUGCUCUUCUGAAUCGAAGAUGAUAGAAACAUACAUUACCCCAAACAAUGAAAACUGCUACCCCCGAAAGAUUAACAAUGUAUCCAUACGCCUUAGCAGCACCUGUACUUACAUUCAUCAUAGAAAGGAAGCCAAAACAGUUCAUCAAUAUCACAGCAGCAUAGGGAAUACCUCGUUUAUUAACUCGUCUAAGGAACCUUGGUGCACUUCCUUCGUGAGCUAAGUUAACUAUGGUUCUUGAUCCAAUAUAAAUGGAUGAAUUAAUUGCCAGAAUACAUGUUAAUAAGAUGAAUGCAUUCACUAAAUGUGCACCACCUUCCCAACCGGCUCUUUGAAUAGCAAUAGUCAUUGGAGAUCUCAAAGUUUUAGUUCCAGCAGCUAAUGAAGGAUCAUUAAAAGGAACGGUCAAUCCAUAACUUACAGCAAUACCCAUGUAGAUAAUCAAUAUACGCCAGAAAGUUUGACGAAUAGCAGCUGGGACAGCACGACUUGGGUUCUUUGCUUCAGCAGCACUGACAGCAACAAUUUCAGUACCACUAUAGAAAGUACUGGCAAACACGAAGGUGUUAACCACCCCUUUGAAUCCAUGAUUGAAAGCUCCUGGAUCAUUCCAAUAAUGAAACCCAAAUGCAGGAGUUCCGCUUACACCACCAGCACAAUAAACAAUGGAAAAAAUAUAAAACGCAACUAAUCCACAAAUUUUCAUUAAUGCUAACCAAAACUCAGCCUCGCCAAACGCUUGAACCCCGAGGAAUUGGAAUGCCAUAAAUGCUGCCCAGAAAAUAAGAAUGUAACCAUAUAACGGUACUUGUGGUCCCCAAAAUUGCAUGAUUGCUGCAACAGUAUUAUAUUCAUUAGCCAACACUGCAAUCCAAAUAAUUACAUAGUUCCAUCCCACGGCACAUCCAAAGGCAUGAUCAACAAAUUUAUUACCUAAAGUAGAGAAUGUACCUCCUGUAGGGUAUAUAGUUGCUAAUUCACCCAAGGAUUGCAUCAUUGCAAACGCAAUUAUACCAACGAUACCAAAUCCAAUAAUUAAUGAAGCAGGACCAUUUGCUAAUGCAAGUGAAGCACCGAUAAGAAUACCAGGACCAAUAAUACCAGCAAGGGCAAUAAGUGAAAUGUGCCUAUCUUUAAGAGCACGUUUUAAGUGUGUGUUAUGAUCAACUAUAGAAUCAAUAUCUGCUGAAGCUAUCAGAUCUUCCACUAUUUCCUUUGAUUUCUCUUCAUG